ACUUUUGACUACAAUUACCACGACUCUUUCACUCGAGGAGUUGAGGCAUAUGUCACUGCAGAAGCAAAUGUAGCAGCUUCCAGCAACCAGUCAGUAGAUGUUGUGCGUGAAGCUAAGUUUACUGUGGAAGCAGCUAAAGAUAAACAGUUCUUCUUUGAUGACAACUCCGGUGCAUUAGCUCUGCCAUUCACAUUUGCCUUCUUGCCGUUCAAUGAUGAUGAGCUUUAUCAGGUGUCACCUCAACAAAUUGAUGUAAUAGAGCAUCACUACAAGGUGUUUGAGAGACUGCAAAGGGCAAAAGCAGAAACAGAUGAGAUUGGAAAGUCAGCGGAGGCCACCUCAGAUGCUCUUGCAUCUAUGCAUCAGCAGUGGGACAGUGAAAUGAUGAAAGUGGCCAAUGGAGCAGUGGAUCCUGUUGCUGGAUUAGGCAGCUGUCAAUCAAUCAAGAACAGCAGUGAAGACUUAGAGAUGUAUUAUAUGACGAAAAUGCGGGAGCUUAUUCUUAUUAGUAGUGUACAAGUCCGUGUGGAGGCUGAAAAUGAUAUGCUGACCAAAACACUCGGUGAAGUAACACCAGACAUUGUGGGAGCCAGGCUCAAGAGACCAGCGCUAGAUAUGUCUUCUAAAGAAGCUUCAGCGAUUCUAGACUCUGUGCACAAGAAGGCCAAAGUGUUUGGAUGUAAUCUAGAAAAUUAUGUUAAAGUUACAGGAAGAGAAAUUCCAGAGGUUGUAGAAAGUUGUGUCAAGUUUAUUAAAAAGUUUGGGCUGGACCAUCAAGGAAUAUUUCGGUUAUCGGGAUCCACAACGGAAAUAAACGACAUGAAACAACUUUUUGAAAAUGGUCGUGAUCCGUUAGCAGGUCUAAAUCAUUGGAAAGAUAUCAACGCCGUGGCUGGUUUACUCCGGGUUUAUUUCAGGGAACUGGAAGAUCCUCUGUUUCCUAGUUCACAUUAUCAAGAAUUCAUUAAGGCUAGCUUGUCAGCGUCAGUAGAAGAUGGUAUCAAAGAAAUAAUGACUGCACUCAGUUCGCUUCCUGAAUCAGUGGUUCGAGUGAUGGAGUAUCUGUUUUCUUUCCUUAGCUUAGUUGCACAGCACAGUGAAUCUAACAAGAUGGACGCCCACAAUCUGGCGGUAGUGUUCGGCCCGACAUUGUUACGUAUCCCGUCCGAACAAGACAUGAUAGCUUAUCAAAGUCAAGUGAAUGGAAUGAUAGAAUUACUUAUUAAACAUUGUGACGAGAUAUUCCCUGGCUCUGGAGAAUCGCUACCAGCGCCAUUAUCUGAGACAGAAGAGAGUGAGAGCGAGGAAGAUCUGGAGCCAAGGGAAGCCGAAGCGAUAUAUGAUUACUCAGCCCGAUCCUCCAAGGAAUUGUCCUUUAAAAAAGGCGACAUUAUUCAGGUGUUCAAAAGAUUUAACCCGGAAUGGUGGGACGGGACAAUCAAUGGAACUGAAGGCUUUGUGCCAGCCAGGUACAUUCGUAUGCUGACAGACGACGAUGUCGAUGCAAAUGAUGGCGAAGGGAAUAUCUCGAUCUCCGGCGAGCUGUCGCCAUCACCCAAGAUUUCAUCCAGUGGAAUAGACAGGCCUAGGGAUCUGCCUCCAAGGAUCCCCAAGAGAGAGGGCUCGCUACGAGGAAGGGACAGUUUACACUCUCCCACAGCGGAUCAUGCAAGCCACGCAGCAGCAAGUCCCAUCGGAGCAAGUCCGAUAGGAGUGAGCUCUCAGGGGCCAUCUCCAGGAUCAUCGUCGUUUAAGAAGACCUCCGUGCCAGCAAUCUCAUCGGAAGAUAUCGUAAAGCGGCAGCUGACGCGGCUUCGUAAGGCGCCCAGAGAAGAGAGCGACAACUCUGUGGAUAAGACACCUGAUAAGGAACAGGGAUUCGUGAUACCAAGGCUUCGGAGCAUCUCGCCUACCAGAAAAUCCCAGUCACCUAGCCAGGAGAAGGCGGAAGAAGCCGAAAAGAAGGAAGAACCAACGGAUAAAGACUGGAGAGGGGGAGGUGAAGCUUCCAAAGAGGAAAACCGGAAGUCCGUAGAAGGUGUGUGGCAGCCACGAGAGGAAGUUAGCAUUCCAGCGAAUAACACUCCCCAGGGCAUUUCUCCGACAACAACGGCACCGGCACCGGCACCGAAAAUACCCCCAGCGGUUCGCCCUAAACCCAAGGGAAACCGCAACCCCCAGCCCCCUUUCCGUAAAAACUCCGAUGAUCUGUUAGCUUCGCUGCAGGCUGCUCAAGUCGUGCGGAGUCAUCGGACUAGUGGCGGUCCUGACGACAACAGGAAGAGCGGAGGGUCUGUGGGGGACGACACUGCUUUUUGAGGGUCUCUC